AUCAAUAAGUUAGUAUAUAGUUACCCUGACAACUAGCUAACCCUGAUAAAUAUUAAUAAAACUUGGCAGGUUAGUUAUAUCUGAUGUAUGCAUCGUGCAAUGUAGAUGAUGAUUACGGGAACUUUGAGAGUCCUCUGCAUACUUUUCACAGUGCAAGUAGGGCGUAUACAUAUGCGCCUUUCAAGGAUGAGGCAUUGUUUACCGUACCUGUCUGCUGUUGGCCUUAUUGAUUGCUGCUCAUUAUAAGUGCGUGAUACUGAUUGCACGAGCGUGAGAGACGUGCAAAGGCCCAACACGGUGAAAUUCAUUUUAUACAUUUGGUUUUUUGACUUCGCCUUUGACGCAGUUUAGGCCCCAAUUGGACGAGCAAGGAGUGCAUCCGUGUGCGAAUUGCAAAGGAGAAGAUUUCAAAUUUCACGAUUCGGGCUUGAAGAACGUUUGAUAAAGAAUCCUAUUUGAUCUAUCACAUACGUAUACGUGUCGCUACAAGCAAGAUGGCUUUUGUUAUAGAGGCGUUGUUUUUGGCUCUUGUGGCAAAAACCUGCCUCUGUCAGUGUCCGAAUAUCAGUUUCGUGUCUCCUCGUGAGUUUUACUUCGCGAACAACCGAGUCCUGCAGGGUUAUGUAUUUCAAAAGAACACUGUAUCUUCAGCUGUGAUCUGUGGGAGAGACUGCUCUAUGGACCCGCAGUGUGCAUCGUUCAACUAUCAUGCAAACAGCCAUAUUUGUGAACUCAACAAUCAAACGAGAAUCCAGAGCCCAUGUGCCCUUGUUUCGAGGCAAGGCAGCAUCUUCUUUGACGAUAACUAUGAAACCUCCUUCUUUUCGGUACCUUAUGCUGGGAAGUACCCGAGCUGCAAAAUGCUGUUGAGAGCUGGUAUCAUGUGUGAGAGUGAUGUCUACACCAUCUAUCCAUCUGGCAUGGCUGAGGGCUUGCAGGUCUACUGUGACAUGGAGACCGAUGGAGGAGGCUGGACUGUCUUUCAGCGACGUCAAGAUGGCUCCGUUGACUUCUACCGCAACUGGGUUGACUACCAAUCUGGCUUUGGCGAUCUAUCUGGUGAGUUCUGGCUGGGCAAUGAAGCUCUACGCAUCCUGACCGAGACUGGACAAUGGCAACUUCGUGUUGACCUGGAGGACUGGGAGGGCAACACGGCUUGGGCAGAGUACAGUGAGUUUGGUGUAUCUGGGCAAAAUUACGCACUCCAUGUUGGCUCUUAUAAUGGAAUGAGUACAGCAGGUGAUGCACUUCAAUAUCUUAAUACAUAUCCAUUUACAACAAAGGAUCAGGAUAAUGAUAUUCACGGGACACUGAACUGUGCAAAUCGGCAUGAAGGGGCAUGGUGGUUUGGGAAGUGUUUUACUAAUUACGGUGCCCAUCUCAAUGGGAAAUAUAUAUACUGCCAACCUCCCUGCGACUCAACUGACAUGGGUUUGCAAUGGUACGCCUGGAGUGGACAUUUUAAGAUUCCCUUAAAGCAAAGUGACAUGCGAAUGCGAGAAGUCUCAUAAGUUAAAGGCAAUUGAGUGCCAAUUUUGCAUUUUCACCCCAUAACCACCCCCGUUUAACUGUUUCUUGUCAAAACUACAUGUACAUCAGCAAUAACCUGAAAAUAAAUUUCCAAAUUCAACAUAAACCGAGAGAUUUCAUAUUUAUACUACAUGUAUAUAAGCCUUAUUAUAAAGAAUUUCUGGUCAGUUCUCCAGAACAACAACAAAAUCGGUAUGUAUUUUGACAGUGUUAAUGUUUUAAGUGUGUAGAUGCUAAAAUCCGUAGCCAGCCAUCCAAACCGGUAGAAUUAAGUACGAGAAGCAAAGACCAAUCACACCAACUGACGUCGGCUGAUAAUUCAAAGCAAUACAGUUUUCCAUUUAUUAGCCUUUUUUUUUUAAAGGAUGGAUUGGUUUCUUAAGUCAACCUAUUGUUACGGCCUACACCAAUUCAAUCGAAUACAAAACGGCUGUUGCAAAUGGCAACCCCGAUGCCGGACUACCCCAAUAUUAGUGUUGAUGACACGCUGUCACUUUAGGAGAACGAUCUAUAGUUAACAAAGAACUGCAUUUUACCAAUUACCUUUCCAUUUCCGUACGAUACACAAAAGUUCACCCAAAAGUGACAACUUAAAUCCAAGUAGAGCAUACAAAAUUGUUUGUGUCAAUCCUUCGGUACGCGUACGGUACGAAUAUAGAGGCCUUUAUAUGAUUGAUUAAUGACACAUUGAAAAACAUAAAUUUGAUGAUUAUUUCGACCAAAUUAAAAAACAUUCGGAUGGUUGGUGGUAUAGAUAAAAUAAAGUCUCGGAAAAGUGUUCAAUGUAAAUUGGUUUAGACCUGUUGCGUUAAAGGCGGCGUAUAUAGAGAGGGCAAUGGUUUUGCAUCACUUGGAUAGGCAUGAGCUAUAAACCUUUGUGUAUUCAUUGUUAAAAAUUAAACCAACAAAGAAUACCCUCUAUAAUAUCUGCAAGGCUUAAGGUCUA